CUGUGGUGCUUUUACUUUGAAAUAAACAUUGUACACUUUCUGGAAAGAUAGUUUUCACUUCCGGGCCGGAAUCGAUUCCUGUGUUGCUGUCGUCUUUCUGCUCUCGACUCUCCUCCAGUUCGUGAAUAGUAUUUGCACAAAGUUAGCCCUUAUCUACGACGGCACUGCGGCAUUUUGACCGCCGACCGGCCGACAUGGUGUUUAAAGUGACUGUCAACAGUGCCUGGAGGGCAACGAGGACGCUGUGGCUGCUCGUGCUGGUGAGCCUCUCUGUGUGCAUCUGUGUCUGCCGAGCAUCAUCACCUCAGGAGGACAGUGCCAUGGAGAACAUCGUUACAGAGAAAAAGGCUGAGGAGAGCCACAGGCAGGACAGCGCAGACCUGCUCAUCUUCAUCCUGCUCCUCACCCUCACCAUCCUGACCAUCUGGUUGUUCAAACACCGGAGGUUCAGGUUUCUGCACGAAACUGGACUGGCGAUGAUUUACGGUUUACUUGUUGGCGUGGUCUUGCGCUACGGCAUCCAUGUUCCCCGAGACAUUAGCAACACGACAUUGAAUUGUGCCGUUAAUGCUAGCCCUGCCACGCUGCUGAUCAACGUCAGUGGUAAAUUCUACGAGUACACUCUGAAAGGAGAGAUCAGUGCCAAUGAGGUGGACAGCGUGCAAGAUAAUGAGAUGCUGCGAAAGGUGACAUUUGACCCUGAAGUGUUCUUCAAUAUUCUCCUCCCACCUAUCAUCUUCCACGCCGGCUACAGCUUGAAAAGGAGGCACUUUUUCCGUAACAUGGGAUCCAUCCUGGCUUAUGCCUUUCUGGGGACAGUCAUUUCCUGUUUUGUUAUUGGGUUGCUGAUGUACGGCUGUGUGACGCUAAUGAAGCAGGUGGGACAGCUGGGUGGAGACUUCUUCUUCACUGAUUGCCUGUUCUUUGGAGCUAUCGUCUCCGCCACAGACCCUGUGACGGUCCUGGCUAUCUUCAACGAGCUGCAGGUAGACGUGGAUCUGUACGCGCUGCUGUUUGGAGAGAGUGUGCUCAACGACGCAGUGGCCGUGGUCCUCUCCUCGUCUAUAGUAGCGUACCAGCCACAAGGAGACAACAGUCACACCUUUGAGGUCAUGGCGAUGCUGAAGUCUUUUGGGAUUUUCCUCGGAGUUUUCAGCGGCUCCUUCGCUCUCGGAGUGGCCACUGGAGUCGUCACCGCUCUUGUGACUAAGUUCACUAAGUUGAGGGAUUUCCAGCUGUUGGAGACGGCUUUGUUCUUCCUCAUGUCAUGGAGCACCUUUCUGCUGGCUGAAGCUUGUGGCUUCACAGGUGUGGUCGCAGUGCUGUUCUGUGGAAUCACUCAGGCCCACUACACCUUCAACAACCUGUCUCCUGACUCCCAGGACAGGACCAAACAGCUCUUCGAACUGCUAAACUUCCUGGCUGAGAACUUCAUCUUCUCCUACAUGGGUCUGACCCUGUUCACCUUCCAGAACCAUGUCUUUAAUCCCAUGUUCAUCGUUGGAGCUUUCGUGGCUGUGUUCUUGGGAAGAGCUGCUAACAUCUACCCUCUCUCAUUCCUUCUUAAUCUGGGACGACGCAACAAGAUCAGAUCUAACUUCCAGCACAUGAUGAUGUUUGCAGGACUGCGAGGCGCGAUGACCUUUGCUCUGUCCAUCAGGGACACAGCGACAUACGCCCGCCAGAUGAUGUUUUCCACCACUCUGCUCGUGGUCUUCUUCACUGUUUGGAUUUGUGGAGGUGGCACCACCCAGAUGCUGUCCUGCCAGCGCAUACGAGUGGGAGUGGACUCUGAUCAGGAUAACUCUAUGAGUAUCGCUGAAGGCUCAGAGAGAAGAAGCACCAAACAGGAAAGUGCCUGGCUUUUCAGAAUUUGGUACAACUUCGACCACAACUACCUGAAGCCCAUCCUGACUCACAGCGGCCCCCCUCUCACAGCCACGCUGCCUCCUUGCUGCGGGCCCCUCGCCCGCUUCCUCACCAGCCCUCAGGCCUAUGAGAAUGAGUGUCAGCUGAAGGAUGACGACUCUGACCUCAUCCUGACGGAUGGUGAUAUCAACCUGACCUACGGUGACAUCACAGUCAGUACAGAUGCCUCUGGGGCCCACAUUAGCGGCGGUCCGGCUUUUGCCGGCGCUGCCGGCUCUGAUGACUUGGACAGGGAGUUGACGUAUGGGGAUCAUGAGCUGGUGAUGAGGGGCACGCGCCUGGUGCUGCCCAUGGAUGACUCUGAGCCGCCCUUUACAGACACCCAUCACCGCAUGCGGAUGUGAAGAUAGUCUUCCAGCGCAGACCCAGACAACCGUCCAACUGAAACUGACCCGAGCCAUCGAGCAAACGACCAGUACCUGACACUCUUUCACGCUUUGACUUUUUUUUUUCCUCUUAGCACAUUGCUCCAUUCCACUUGCUUUUUUUCCCCUACAGGUUACAUUUUAUCACUUCCUCUAGCAGCAAAUCACUGUCUCUACCUCAUUCUCCUCCUCAUGCUUCUUUUCACUCCUUUCUGGCGUCUGCCGUAAUUGUAAUAUAGUCUUAUUUAUUUUCAGGGUCUUUUUUUGGUAUUCAAUGGAAAGUCAGUUUGUCUUAGUUUGGCUUAAAGUUGUUUGUCAGUCACCUUAUUGUAGCAUUGCACAGAGGUCUAGCAGCAUGUGUUAGUGUGUAAACGCAAGUACCCACUAGCUAAUUUGUCGAUGUACAGUAUAUCACAGAGUACUAUAACUUUGAUAUGCAUGCUGAGGAUGCUUGUUGUUUUCUUUGUGUGGGAGGUUCAGGGCUUUUGUGUCUUUGGGUCUGACCUUGAAUGUUGCUGCCUUCUCUCUGUGCAUCAGAGGCAUGCUGACCCAGUGAACAACUUUACUGUA